GAGCACAGCCGCAUGUUGCGUCACCACCAGCUGUGUGGAUUCAUGGAAUAAGAUCCCAAACCACUUCUGUCACAUGAAACCACAUGCUGUUUACUGUACUAGACGUGCAGAAUAUAUAAAUCAGAGCCGUUCUCAUCGACAAAGCAGCGCGCGGAUAACACUGCGUUUCUGUAUCGUAUCGACUCUUGAUUAAGGAUUUAUACGGACGCGAAUCAUCCUCUUCGGGCUGUUUUGUCAGUCAAGGGAGCUAAAAUGUCGAUUGAAAAACAAAGUGUGUCCGAGGAAAACCUUCAGGGUUCCUGGGUGGAGCUGCAUUUUAAUAAUGGAGGUGGCAGCACUCCUAAAGGAGGUUCUGAGGAACAGUCUGCCAGCACCGCCCCAAGCGGAGACCUGGAGAAGAUGCUGCUGGAUGCUCAGCACGAGUCUGGCAGGAGCAGCUCAAGAGGAAGCCUGCCAUGUGACAGUCCUCCAAGAUCCCAGACUCCUUUGCACUUGCGCAGGGGCUCCGAGGUCCACAGCUCCGGAGGAAAGAACAGCUCACAGUCAGAGGAAGACUAUUUGGAGAGGAGAAAAGAGGUGGAGAUCCUGAUGAAGAAAAAUGCAGACUGGAUCUGGGACUGGUCGAGUCGACCGGAAAACCUGCCGCCCAAGGAGUUUCUGCUGAGACACCCGAAGCGUUCCAGCACCCUCAGCAUGAGGAACACCAGUGUGAUGAUGAAGGGAGGAAUCUUCUCCGCAGAAUUCCUCAAGGUUUUCCUGCCCUCUCUUGUCCUUUCACACAUCCUUGCUGUGGGUCUCGGGGUGUACAUCGGAAGGCGCAUUACUACUUCUGGCACCUUCUGAGGGAGCAGGAAAAGCCAAGAAACAAGACAAAUCUCAUAUAUGCACAUCCACCAUCUCAGCUGCUUUGUCGUGAAUCAGUGCUUGUGUAGACGCAGAUAGGACGAGGUCACGUGACACAUUUCCUUUCACUGCCUCGCUUUCCCCUUGUGUAUUCCACUGGCCUUUCCCAUAGUUCCUCUCCCAUAAUGCCAGUCCAUUCCAGGGCUAUCAGCACAGGGAAGGCCAUGCUAGACUUAUGGGCACAUGCCGGAUAGAAUUAGAUAAUGCAUCCUCAUAAUUUUGUAUUAACUCGUACCAAGACUACUGAGAAUAUUAUGAGAGGAUCAUAAAAUAAGGGAAAUUAAAGUGCUGGAUCUCCAGUGUAACUGCAGACUGUGAAUUGGGAAGAGAUUUAACUAUCUACACCAUAUCAAAACAGGGAUUGUAUGUGUAUCUUAUAGUACAUCUCAACAUUUGAUGAUAUAACAAUAUAGCACUUGUUUUACCUUGUCACCAUUUCUGUGUUUCUUGAGGUAGUUUCUGUAUUUAUGAUGUUUCAGACACCAAAAACAGACUUUUGCUUUGGGAAUCAAGCUGUUCACAGUAUUAUACAAUUAAGCAAUGGUCUUUAGUAAAUACUAGCCACAAAGUUGAGUACCAUAUCAACACUUUUCUGAAUGUCGAUUGAAAUCACUAUUAAAUGUCCAAUAUAAGCUGCAAAAUUGUUGAAUCAAGUUUGCCUCACCUGAACUGCAAUCACAGAUGUUCUUCGUUUUUCUGAAGGGUCCGGGUUUCAGCCGAGAUUGCCUUAAAACUGUUAAUGAAUCAGGCAGGAGUUUAAGGGAAAUUGUGUAAAUCUGUGCAUGUUCUGUAGUCUCUAAAAAUUGUAUUCAGUGUGUGUCAAUAGUGGUUUUGUAUCAACAAAUAAAUGUCUGCCAACUGUAA